AGCGAUUGCGAGUAUAUCGACGCGUAGUCGCGUCCCAUUUUUCUUUUCUUCCAAAUUACUCGUCGGGCAAGUAUAUACAUUAUUCCGUCGAGACGCGCCGACGCGCGGACACGAUCCUCUCCUCGGUCGAAUUGACCCUCGGAAGGUGCUAUCGGUGGCCCUUCCAGCGCGGGCUUGUCGAUAAGAACCGCGCGUCCGGCAGCGCCAAUAGCGCCAUCCGCUCGACGUUUGAUACCCGUGUCGGCUGUGUGUUAAUACCUCGUGUACGGCAUGUAAGUUCGAUGCCCAACGCCCGACCUUUUCAACGCGGCCAACGACGCGACGCUUCAAAAUUGAAAAAUGGCGACGACUAUGGAGAUCGACGAUGACGAGUGCGAGCUGCCGACCUCCAGCAGCGGGAAAGGCGAGAAGAAGCGUUUCGAAGUGAAGAAGUGGAACGCAGUGGCACUAUGGGCCUGGGAUAUCGUUGUGGACAAUUGCGCCAUUUGCCGUAAUCACAUCAUGGACUUGUGUAUCGAAUGCCAAGCGAACCAGGCGUCUGCCACCAGUGAGGAGUGCACGGUAGCCUGGGGUGUAUGCAAUCACGCCUUUCACUUUCACUGUAUUUCCCGUUGGCUGAAAACGCGACAGGUCUGUCCACUUGAUAAUCGUGAAUGGGAGUUUCAAAAAUAUGGUCAUUAAUUGGAUAUAUUCAACUUCAGUUUCUCUUUAUUCAGCUGUUUAUGAAAAUAUAAAUGGGAUAUUAUUUUUUCAUGUGGAAUAGCGAUAAGUAUAUAAGCAAAAAAGAAAGUGGUAAAAAAAAUACCAAAUAAUAGUCAAAUGUACAUUUUUUUUAGUUCUUUUUUUUUUAUAUUAUCAACAGACAAAAUCUCAAUUAGUAAUAGAUGUACAGUUAAUUCAUUUCGCAAGUUUCGUGAAAUUACGAAGUAUGUAUUUUAUAGGUCAUAAGUCUCAUGUAAUAAAAUGAAAAUGAUAGCGCAUUUCUAA